GUUUUAGCCUCUUUUUGGUUUUCAUUGUGUUUUUUGAUGGGAUAAGUCAAUUUGAUUGGUACUAGGGUUAGGGUUUCAAAUGGGAUAGGCUCGAAUAUGGGAAAUUUAGGGUUCUUGGUGUUAAAUCUGUUAUCUAUCGCUAGCUUGUGGUUUUUAUGGCUUGGGUUUCGCUUUAAUUAUCUGGUAAUCGAAGCAAAUGGGUGAGGGCUCGGAUUCACUGUCAAUAUGCAGGUUUUGAUGACCCAGAAUUCAUGGUUGAUACCUCUCUGAUUAGAUUUUUGAUGCUGAUCAGAAAUUGAAGCUGUCUAUGUUGACCUUCCAGCAUCAUUUAUACGUAUUUGAUGGACAAUGACUAUUCCAAUGGAGAAUGUGUCUGCUCCGUCAUCCCGGGAGCUUGUUCAACGUCUUUAUAAGAAGAAUAUUGAGUCGGAGAAAGCCCUGAGGAAGUCAAUCCAGUCAAAAGUUCCUUCGGAUCCUAACAUAUGGAGACAGAUGCGUGAGAACUAUGAAGCAAUUAUCCUUGAGGAUCAUGAUUUUUCUGAGUCUCAUGACAUUGAGUACGUUCUAUGGCAAAUGCAUCACAAGCGUAUUGACGAGUUUAGAGCUCGACUUCGUGUUGCUUCUGCUUCUACAGGAGCGAAUCUGCCUCCUCCAGGGGGGAAAGGCUUAGUGGGACGUGACCAAAUCAAUAAAAUUCGUUCUGUCUUUAAAAGUUUUGUGUCCGAGGCAACUGGUUUCUAUCAUGACCUGAUUGUGAAAAUUAGAGCGAAGUAUGGGCUGCCUCUGGGUUACUUUUCUGAUAGUGCAGAGACUCAGACUAUCUUAAGCAAAGAUGAGAAGUCUGCUUACAUGAAGAAAGGACUUAUGUCCUGUCACCGUUGUCUGAUUUACUUGGGAGACCUUGCACGUUACAAGGGAACAUUUGGAGAAGGUGAUUCAAUCAACCGUGAUUUCCAAGCUUCAUUGAGUUACUACGUACAGGCUUCUCGUCUUUUGCCUACAAGUGGGAAUGCUCAUCAUCAGCUUGCAAUAUUGGCAUUAUUAAUGGGAGAUGAGUUGAUGGCUCUAUACCGAUAUUCCCGUAGUUUGGCAGUGGAGACCCCUUUUUCCACAGCCAGGGACAAUCUGAUUGUCAUGUUUGAUAAGAAUCGACUGAGUUACUCAGAGUUGCCUUUGGAUACCAAGGUUUCUACAGCUAAGACUGUUCCAGUGAGGACUGCUAGUCGAGGACGGGGUAGGGUAGAAGCUAGGCUUCUUGCCAAAGAUUCCAAAAGAGAUGGCACUCCUGCAAAGGAGAAAUCCAGGAGCAUUUCUGAGAUCAAUAACACCUUUCGUACACGAUUUGUUCGGUUGAAUGGAAUCCUUUUCACUCGCACAAGCUUGGAAACAUUUGACGAUAUCUUCUCUUUGUUAAUCAAUGAAUUCGAGGAGCUCCUUUCUAACGGGCCUGAAGAAGAGCUGGGUUUUGCUUCAGAUGCUGAUGAAAAUGGACUGUUUAUUGUUCGGGUCAUUGCUAUUCUCAUCUUCACAGUGCAUAAUGUAAACAGGGAGGCUGAGGGUCAUUCAUAUGCUGAGAUCUUGCAGCGCUCGGUACUUCUUCAAAACGCAUUCACUGCAGCCUUUGAGUUUGUGGGCCGCAUUCUCAAGAAAUGCAUUGACCUAGAGGACAUCUCUUCGAGUUCUCUUCUGGCCAGUGUUCUGGUCUUUAUCGAGUGGUUGGCUUGUCGUCCUGAUAUAGCCUCUGGCAGUGAGGUUGAGAAGAGAGAGGCUGUUGCUAGAUCGUUUUUUUGGCAUCAAUGUAUAUCCUUCUUGAACAAGCUUAUUCUGAGUGGAGUUGUGGGCAUGGAUGGUGAUAAUGGAUCCAUGGAGAUGGGUAGCUAUAUUGAAGGUGAAUCUGGAGGUUGUUUGGCCCUUUGGGAAGAUUUUGAGUUGAGAGGGUUUCUUCCUCUUGCCCCAUCUCAGCUUAUCAUGGACUUCUCGAGGCAGUACUCACCUGGUGAUGAUGGUGGGAAGAAGGAGAAAACUGUCCGUGUUCAAAGGAUUUUAGCUGCUGGGAAGGCUCUUACUAAUGUAGUUAAAGUUGAUGAACAAGGGCUCUAUUUCGAUGAGAAGUCGAACAGGUUUGGCAUUGGUAUUAAGCCCCCAAGAGUUGAAGAAGAUGACCUGGCAAGCUUUAUACAUGCCCCAAAGGGCAAUGAGCCAAAGCAACAAACCCAAUCAGAGGAAAUCAGAAACUUGGGAGCAGCCUUGCAAUCUAAGGUGCAACUCUAUGCGGAAGUUGAAGAUGAAGAGGAUGAAGUGAUUGUUUUCAAGCCUACAUCAACUGAUAAUCAUUCUGAAAUGACGCCUCAAAAACUAACUUCUUUUGAAGUCCCCAAGACUGUUGAGAUUUCUUUCAAUGGUGGUGAUUUCACUGAUUAUGAAGUGACUGUGGCACCUCCUCCACUCUCGAGUGAUCCAUUAAACAUCAAUUUUGUAUCACCAGCAACCUUUGCAACUAAUUCACCGGCUACCUAUCCAAGUACCUCGCCAGCUACCUAUCCAAGUAGCAUCGGACUGCCAUUACAACAUGAUCCAUUAGGACAGCCACCUACUUUUCCAAGUAAUAUGCAACAACCUUUUCAACAAAUCAACCCGACUACUUCAGCAUGGCAUAUGGACCCCCAAGAUCGUUAUGUGAAUGGAAUGGCAAACUUGAGUUUUGAUUUCAAGGGGUCAAAUGUUGGGUGGGAUCCCCUCAAAGGUUCUGGUGUUUCUUACCCCUCAUUAGCCUCCUCCCCUAUUCCAUAUUCAUCAUCAAAUCAGUCUAAAGUUUUAGAAACAGUGAUUCCCUCCAAGCUGGAUUCCAUCAUGUCCUGUGGUGUAAAUACUGAUUCCAUAACCACAAAAGCAUCAACUGGUUGGGCUAGAAAAAGCGCAGUUAGCCGGCCAGUUACUAGGCACUUUGGGCCACCUCCUGGGUUCGGCCCAGUUCCUCCCAUCAAGCAACAAGACAACAUCCCUAAGCCUGGUUCAAAUAUGAAAAAUGAGCAGCCCCUUUUGGAUGAUUAUAGUUGGUUAGAUGGAUAUGAGCCGUCUUCAACCAAUGCUAUGGAAUGGAAAAACAAUGGGGUUCCACCUAUGUCGCGCCCUCCUUUUGUGCUUGCUGAGGAUGCCAAUAAUUCGUUGAAUGGUGUGUUAUCGAGUUUCCCUUUUCCUGGCAAACAGGUCCCAAGUGUGCAGGCUGAACUGGAAAACCAGCAAAGGUUGCAGGCACGGCGUCAGCUUGUUGAACAGCUGAAGCUCUAUCAAGAACAGUCCCAGCAGCAAGGGAGCCUUCAUUCCACCUCGCUGCCAGAACAACAGCAAGGGCAGUCUCUGUGGUCGGGUCGGUUCUUUGUAUGAGAAGCUUAUAUAUUAUACUCGUCUGUUGAGUACAACAAGCUGGCGAGAUUUGCCGACAUGGUGAUUUGCAAUCGGCCCGUUGCUUCUGAAUUGGGGGACCUCUGCCUUAUGCCUACCUAUCAGUGGUGUAUGUUUUUCUUGGAGCAUGGAUGGUCACUGAAACAUUUGCCGGCGCAUGCCCUUGAAGCAGAACGAGAGGAGCCGAUGUUGAUGAAAGGUAUCUAUCAGUUAGGUGGCCGGUUUCACCUGUUGGAUUUUGGAAUCCCAUCAACAAUAAAGAUGGAGGCUUUGCAAGUGGCGUUUCCAUGCUGAACGGUGGGCUCUUUUGCCGUUAUGGUACAACGCGGCAUUGGAUGAGGGGCGGCGCUUUUGUACCCUUUUAAAAGUAGGUGAGCAAUCGGAAUUAGUUACAAAAGAGAAGCUUUUUCAUAGUCAUAGGUUGCAGAUUGGUUAGAGUGGGGAUGAUGGAGUGAGGAUGGUUAUGUUCAAUUAGAACUUACUAUACAGUCUGGUAUUAGUAUGGCUAGUUACUUUUAAAUAUGGUUUGUUAGGAAUUAUUGUGGUGGAUGGUAAUCAUGAAACUGCAAAAACUUUGUUAAUAUGUACUUGGGCUACUUAAUUAUAGUAUGCUUUCAGUGUGGUUUUUAGUAA